CAAGAUGGCCUCCAAUAUCAGAAUUCUAAAUUUGCCCGAUUGCCUGGCUUCCAAAAUCUCGUUUUAGUUUUGCAUCUAUUCCUCUCUCCAGUGAAAAAUAAAGCCCCGGAUCGCAUUUUCCUCGAUGUUUUACUCAUUCGUUAAUUUUUUUUUGAAGUUUCUAGCAAUAGAGUAGCAUCUCAUUCGUGUGAAUGUACGCUCGGGUAACUUAACGACUUUGUUUAUAUUUUGAAAUGUGCCAUCAUGAAUAAAGAUGGUUUUUCAGUUCUUAGCGGCGCACCAACAUCUGCAGAUGCCUGCCUCAGUAUUGUUCACAGUUUGAUGUGUCACCGCAAUGGAUGGGAGACAGAAAGUUUUGCAAAACGAGCUAUAGAAAGUUUGGUGAAGAAACUGAAGGAAAAACGGGAUGAACUGGAUAAUCUCAUCACUGCCAUCACUACAAGUGGGCUGCACCCGAGCAAGUGCGUUACCAUUCAAAGGACUCUCGAUGGAAGGCUCCAGGUGGCUGGGAGGAAAGGCUUUCCUCACGUGAUUUAUGCUCGGAUAUGGAGAUGGCCAGAUCUCCACAAAAAUGAAUUAAAGCACCUAAAAUUUUGUCAGUACGCCUUUGAUCUGAAAUGUGAUUCGGUUUGCGUCAAUCCUUACCAUUAUGAACGCGUUGUCUCUCCAAGCAUUGAUAUAGCAGGGUUAAGUCUUUACGGCAGCAAUGCAGGGAGACUUAAAGAUGAAUACAGUGCAGGUUCAAGCACUCCUCCUGCCACAGUUGCUGUUGCAUCAAACUCAAUGGAUAUCGAUGCUGAUACUCCCACAAUUAAACACCAUCCAACAACUUCUGCCUCAUACACGCAACAAGUUCAGCUCCCACCAGGCCCAAUUUUAGCGGAGCCUCCUGCGAAAGUGCCUACCCCUAUGCCAAAUUCGGCAUUACCAGUACCAUCCAAUCCUGUUUCAAUGGAUCUUUGUCAGCGCACAACAUGGCUACCUUCUCCUGUUUCUCAUCAUGUUCAUAGAUCUAGUUCUUCAAGCACACAAUCGAAAUCUGCGCAUGUUUCUCCUCAGCCGCAGUCCUCUACAUCUUACUUUGGAUCCGAAGUAGAUUUGAGGACUCAGCCACCAGCUCCAGGCCUUACAAAUGGCAUAGCAGCAAGUAACAGUGGUCCAAAUCAUCUGCCAGAGAAAAACGCAGACUUGCAGCAAUCUAAAACACAACACAACACUCCACAGGGAACCUGGAGUGGCUCAAGUACUCUCACAUAUAGCGCCUCAGUACAACCUUCAUUUUGGGCUCACUCAGAUAUUGCUGUUAGUGCUGGUGGUCUUUUAUCUAGUCAACCUGCUCCUGAAUACUGGUGUUCAGUUGCAUAUUUUGAGUUAGACGCUCAAGUAGGGGAAAUGUUCAAGGUUCCUUCCUCAUGCCCAAAUGUAACUAUCGAUGGCUAUGUUGAUCCGUCAAGUAGUAAUCGAUUUUGCCUCGGAGCGCUCAGCAAUGUACAUCGAACUGAACAAAGUGAAAAAGCAAGGUUACACAUCGGAAAAGGAGUUGAACUUGAAAUUCGCGGCGAAGGGGAUGUCUGGCUCAAAUGUUUAAGCGACCACUCUGUGUUUGUUCAGUCAUAUUAUUUAGACCGGGAAGCAGGCAGGGCUCCUGGUGAUGCCGUCCAUAAAAUCUACCCCUCUGCUCACAUCAAGGUAUUCGAUUUGCGACAAUGCUUCAAACAAAUGCAGCAACAGGCUGCAACUGCUCAAGCUGCAGCUGCUGCUCAAGCAGCGGCAGUGGCCGGUCAUAUUCCUGGACCCCAUAGUGUGGGAGGCAUAGCGCCAGCAAUUAGUUUAAGUGCAGCUGCUGGCAUCGGUGUUGAUGAUCUGAGACGCUUGUGCAUUUUACGUUUAAGUUUUGUUAAAGGAUGGGGCCCUGAUUACCCACGGCAGAGCAUCAAAGAGACUCCAUGUUGGAUUGAGGUUCACUUGCACCGGGCAUUGCAAUUACUUGAUGAGGUGCUUCACACAAUGCCAAUUGAUGGACCUCGUGCCAGCGAGUAAUAUGUUUUUGUCUAUCUGAAAAUUUGAUUCAGCUUUCUCGGCCAAAUUCUCAUCCUGUCAACUUAAGUGUACAUUUUUGUCUCUUGUCUGAUGAAUGUGUUUAUUGUUGUGCUUUAAUGUCGCGGUGAAGUGGGUAGUUUUCCUGUUAAUUCACCCAGUUCGGACUUUUUCUGUUUUCCUGAUUGUUGUAACUUUUGAAGAAGUUUUUUCUCAGGUUGUUUUAGUAUAUUCAAACUCUCAUAAUGACAAAAGUUGAGUCAUCUCAUAGUUAGAAUUUAAUCUAAGUUUAGAAACUUGGUGCAGAUGUAUGUAGCGAAAACACAUCUGACAGACUUGUUUUUACUUCAAUUUCUAUCCCAGAAUCCCAGCUUUGGUAUUAUUUUCAAGUGACAAAGUAAGCUAGUAAAUUUUAUUCUUUAUGCUAUAAGAUUUAGAUUCCUGACCUUUCUUGGUUUUUUUUUUUUUUUUUAUCUGCACAAAAUCUAGAAAUAUCUCAUGAUUCUUUCUAAAUUUCCUACAAGGCAGAAUACUACGGCCCUCAUGAUUAGUAUCUGAAAUUUCUUGUUUCGUUAUUUUAUCCAUCUUUCAGUCUUUAUACAAGUUUUUUCUUUUUUCUAAUUUUUAAUUUUUUUAAUUUUCAUUUCAUAAUGAAACUUUCUUUUAGCUGUGCUUUUGCUAUUUUUAAAAUUGUGUGUUUCACCAUUUUCUAAUCAGUGCAAUGUCCGUACUAUGAUAUUAAGAUUGUUAAAAUUAUAUGAAAACAGUUGAAAAAGCAGGUUGGAGGGGAAUCAAGCAAGAUUUCAAGUAGCGUAGUCAAAGUUAGCUUUAAGUGAGAGUGAGUGGUGAAGUAUUUUGAAAUAUUGAGCAUCUCAAAGUGUCACUCAUGUACCUAUCUUUAAUUGACAUUGCAAGCUAUUGCUCCAAGAUUUUAACGAAUCACUGAGAGGAACUUACCAACCUGGUAAGUAACAAUGAAGUAAAUUCAAUGCAGCCUCUAAAACUUUUCUCAGUCUCAGGUUCAGUUUUAAAACUAUGUUAAAUCUUUUUUUGUGGUUUGACUUACUUUUACCAAUAGACAAUGACCUUUUUGAUCUUCAUUUUUCAUUUUUUAAUGAUGAUACGUUUCCAAUAUUUUAUUCUUAAGCAUGUUUGUCUCAGCAAGUUCAAAAUAGCAGUGGCCAUAAAAUGGGCAUUGUUCCUAGUUUUAAUUGAAUCUUUGCUGUAAAUUAUUUCUUGCCAAAUUAUACAAAUUAUUCUGUACCUGUCAAAUGAAUAUUUUAAGAAAUGUUUAUGUCAGCAAGUGUAAUUUUUGAUAGAUCCUGUCUUACUUUUUGUCGAAGAAUGUUUCUUGCAAAAAAUUAUUUUUGGUAGAGUUAUUUUCAUAAAGGCAACGUUCAAUCAUCAGAGGCUUUUUUAGAGUUUGGAAAUUUCUGCUCAGACCAGAGAAGUUCAUUGUUGUCUGUAAUUCUUCACAAGAACUUUUCUGACCGCUGAAAAUAUUUCCACUAAAUUGCCUCAACCACAUCCGGAGUUAUCUAUUUUCUAUUCGCAUUGUUUGCCAAACACUACACUGAUGGACACAAUAGAAAUUCGUCUCUUGGAAUUUUACUGGGAAAUCUAAUUUUUAAUGAGAGUGCAAUUUUUCAUACCUCUUGAAAGUUAGUCGCGACAACAAAACAUAUUUUGUACCCUUGCUGAAAGUACCUACUUUUUUAUAUUAUUUUUAAGUUUUUAACCAAGCACAGUUGUACCUUCAAAUAAUGUUUUGAUGAGUUGAUUUGUAUUGGAUUGUGUAGUUGCAGUUGCCUUUUAAAAUCGUCCUUUAGAGGUUAUACUCCUCUCUUGAGGCUCGCUCUUGAACAAAGCUCAAAAAAUCUGACUCAAGCUACAUUGGUGUCUCAAAAUUUUUGAAUAGUUUUAAAGACAUCUUUGACUAUUAAACUCAAUAUUUUUUAUGGAAUUUUGUAUGUACUUUGUACUUAAUAAAGUAGUUAUCCAUUUA